AUGCCCUGGUCGCUUUUGCUGUCAUGGUCUGUCAGUGCAUGGGCCAGCCAGCAGCCCUUUGGAUAUCAUUCACAAGUUGUUUCCAAGUACGUGGACGCCUUGCGAGAAGGGAAGUUCCAUUGCUUUGAUGGAUCCGCUACCCUGCCUGCGACUUCUGUGAACGACGACUUCUGCGAUUGCGCCGAUGGAUCCGAUGAACCUGAAACAGCUGGCUGCGCGGGCAGCGGGGGUACCACUUUAUUCUACUGUCCAAAUGUAAACUCCAUCCCCCGGCUCAUCUACACGUCACGAGUCGGCGACGGCAUCUGUGACUGCUGUGACGGUACCGACGAGAGAUUUUCAAGCUGCCCCAACACCUGCAGUCUUGAAGGGCCUACGCUGUAUGCUCGGCAGCAGGCACGACAAGCGGCUCGGGAGCGGGGCCGAGAAGUGCGCCGAAGUGGCGAGGCGGAAGCCGUUGAGCAGGUUGCAAAGUGGGAAGAAGAGCGGGAAGGUCUGAAGCAGCAGCUGGCUUUGCUGAGCGCUGGCUCGGUGUCCGAAAGCCCGGAGAGUCUACCGAGGCCAGGGGCCUUGGCGCCCUUGGCGCCCUUGGCCUCGGAGACAAAGGGGACCUCGGGCAUCUCGGAGUAUGCCCAAUGGGCCUUGCAGGAUGCCUUACAGGAUGCCAAGGAAACCUCUAAGCCCACUGUGGAUUCUGGUGUCCAGUGUUGGACUGGAGCUUUCGCAAACGCGAAAGACGUCUGCUGUGACAGGAGCCAGGGGCCCACUGGAAGGUCGGACUGCUGGGACGGUGUGUAUACCUUCAAGACAUGCUGUGACACUGACAGGCCCACCGACAUAAGCGGAUCACAGAGGCAAGGCACACCUGAAGAGGUGUCGAGGCAAUCCCGGAAAGUCAAAGGCAGACUCUUCACCAUUGAGAGGAAGCUUGCAGCCAUGGAAAGUGGCCUUCGCUGGUUUUCCUUGGUAGAGAGAUGUGUGGAAGGGCGCUUCACCGGCAAGGAUUUCAAGCUCUGCUUUUUCCAGGAUGCACGACAAGCCUCCGUCCACGUGGGCAGUUUCGAUGGCUGGGAGGGGAACGCCAUGUUAUACACUGGAGGCCAGAGGUGCCCAGCCGGGCCGUCAAGGUCAAUGAAGGUCUGGCUGACCUGCGCAGGGGAUGUGGAGUUGCUGGAUGUUUCAGAGGUCUCACUUUGCACCUACGAGGCUGUUGCGAGCACCCCCGGAGCUUGCGAGUUGGUAGACGUUUCGGAAACGAAGGAUGAACACAUUCUUAUGCCUCGUGACGAGUUCUGA